GUGCUACAUAGCCGAUGAGCUAUCGAGAAAGUGUAGAAGCUACUAGAAGCGCCCAGUAGAGACUUACCCUCCAACCCUGCUAAGCGACUUUGCAUUUCAUUCCCUGUCGGCCUCCCAGAGGCGGUACUUUAGCGUUUUGGAACCAAACCGCCGUUUUACUCUCAGCAUCAGAGCGUUUCUUCCUCUCCUUUACCGCAUAGUAAAGCUAUAGUAAAGCAUGGACGCCGAAAAUCUCAAGCAAUUGAAGAAAUUCAUUGAAGAGUGCAAGUCCAACCCCUCCAUUCUCUCCGAUCCUUCUUUUGACUUCUUCCGCGACUAUAUCGAAAGCAUUGGCGGAGAGCUUCCUGCUGAAGCUUACAAGCAUGAAGAGCACAAAGCGAAGUCUCACGUGGUAGAAGAAAGUGAUGAGGAUAUGGGUGAUACCAAUGAAGAAGAGGAGCCUGAAAUAGUAGAAUCUGAUGUUGAGCUUGAUGAGAGUUAUGUUGUGGAGGCAGACAACGACCCUCCCCAGCAGAUGGGAGAUCCUUCAGUCGAGGUUACUGAGGAAAAUCGUGAUUCUUCUCAAGAGGCCAAAGCUCAGGCCAUGGAAGCACUUUCUGAAGGCAAGUUGGGAGAAGCAAUCGAUAAUCUCACUAAAGCAAUAAUACUCAAUCCAACUUCAGCUAUUAUGUAUGCUACUAGAGCUAGUGUGUAUAUCAAAAUGAAAAAGCCCAAUGCUGCCAUUCGAGAUGCGACAGCUGCUCUAGAGAUUAAUCCUGAUUCUGCCAAAGGGUAUAAAUCACGAGGCAUUGCUCAAGCUAUGCUAGGAGAAUGGGAAAAGGCUGCAAAGGAUCUUCACAUGGCUUCAAAGCUCGACUAUGAUGAGGAGAUAAGUUGUGUACUUAAAAAGGUUGAGCCGAAUGCACACAAAAUUGAAGAGCACCGGAGGAAAUAUGAUAGGAUGCGUAAAGAAAGAGAAGAUAGAAGAAUUGAGCGUGAGAGGCAGCGCAGAAAAGCUGAAGCUCAGGCUGCUUAUGAAAAGGCUAAAAAACAAGAGCAGUCAUCAUCAAGUAGGAGACCUGGUGGAAUGCCAGGAGGGUUUCCAGCUGGCAUGGGUGGUGGCAUGCCAGGAGGAUUUCCAGCAGGCAUGGGUGGUGGCAUGCCAGGAGGGUUUCCAGCAGGCAUGGGUGGUGGCAUGCCAGGUGGUUUUCCCGCUGGUAUGGGUGGUUCUGUCCCUGGUGGAAUGCCGAGUGGUUUUCCAGGAAACAUGCCUGGUGGGAUGCCAGGAAACAUUGAUUACAGCAAAAUACUGAAUGACCCGGAACUAAUGGCUGCAUUUAAAGAUCCAGAAGUUAUGGCUGCUCUUCAAGAUGUGAUGAAGAACCCUGCCAAUCUCGCCAAGCACCAAGCGAACCCCAAGCUAGCUCCAGUUAUUACAAAAAUGAUGGGCAAAUUUGCUGGAUCAAAGUAACCGCGUUUGGUUAGAAUGUUUUUUUGGUGCAGUUGAGUUGAAUUUCAAUGCUAUACUAUGUUUUUGAUCAAUUAUUAUACAGUGUAUACUUGUUUCCCAUGAUCAUAGGAUCUUUGUUUAUUCGAGGUUAACCUAUGACAUUUCGUGAUCAAGAUUUUUCAGUUAACUUAUUUACUCUUCUUUGAUUCCUCCUUGAAAUGGCGAGACACCUGGAUUCCUGGAAUGAUUGUGUGUUUUGGUCAUGGAAAUGCAAUUAGUGGCUGUUUCAAUUGCU